CCAUCAGUCGACGGUACGCGCGCGUUGUGUGCGGAAAAGCGGACGAUUUCGCGCGUCGCCACCCACACGUCGUGAUAAUAAUAUAAUAUUAUCGUCGUCGACGUAGUCGUCUCGUUCUAUACGUUAUAUAAUAAUAAUAAUAAUAAUAAAUAAUAAUAUUAUCGUCUUCGUCGUCGUCGUUCGGUACAGUGCUGUUCCGGUGUCGUCGGUGUAGGUGCAGGGGGGUGUUUACGGGUUUCCGCCGGGUCGUUGGUCGCGAUCUCCUCUCGCCGAUCGCCGCCGUCGUCUCCCGGUCCGGGCGCGCGCCGCCACCUACCCGGACGAUGACCGCCGCGCGUCCGACGCACGCCGACCGUCUUCGUCCGGCGGCGUAUCCGCGGCCGUCCGCGCCGGCGGCCACGUGACGCGGUUGUAUUGCUGCUGCUGCUGCUGCUGCGGCGGCGGCGGAGGCUCUCGCUGCCGGCGGCCACGAACGCUACGACCACGGGCGAGCUGCUCGCUUACCGGGCGGCGACCGCGGCCGCGGCGGCGGUGGCCCAGCGAGCGGCCGCGGCGGCGGCGAUGUACGGCAACGGCACCGGCACCGAUUUUGGCGGCAAUUACACGGACGAGUACUACGGCGGCGACAACUGUUCCGCGUACCCCGCGUCGCCGUCGUCCGUGUUCAACAACCUGACCGGUUGCUACGACGAGCCCGCCGGCGUAGCGAUCGUCAAGAACUAUUGGGCGCUCGGGCUGGUCGUGUUCCCAAUACUCACGCUGUUCGGCAACAUGUUGGUCAUAAUCAGCGUGUGCCGGGAACGGGCCCUGCAGUCCGUCACCAAUUACUUUAUCGUCAGCCUGGCGCUGGCCGACCUGCUCGUGGCCCUCGUGGUCAUGCCGUUCGCCGUCUACGUGCUGGUGAAUGGAAAAUGGGGCUUGCCCCCGUUUGUUUGCGAUUUCUAUAUAGCGAUGGACGUGAUUUGUAGUACAUCGUCCAUAUUCAAUUUGGUGGCAAUCAGUAUAGACAGGUACAUUGCGGUCACGCAGCCAAUAAAAUACGCAAAGCACAAAAACAAUCGGCGAGUGUGGCUGACAAUCGUACUGGUGUGGGCCAUCAGCGCGGCAAUUGGCAGUCCUAUUGUGCUGGGGCUGAACAACACGCCGGACCGGGAACCGGACCUCUGUGUUUUUUACAACUCGAAUUUCGUCAUUUACUCGUCCCUCUCCUCGUUCUACAUACCGUGCAUCAUAAUGGUAUUUCUCUAUUGGAACAUAUUCAAGGCAUUAAACCUCAGAGCGAGAAAAGCAAAGGCGGCAAGAAGACCGCAGCUGAGCAGAGACAUGAAACCAGGUAUCAUCAUUGAAAACGUAGCACAGACCAAGCGACGUCUGGCAGAGACUACGUUGCUAGCUACAGCUUCAUUAGCACCUGGAAGUUCAUCCAUCGUUGAUGAAGGGCCGACCAACACGGGAAGCGGGAGUCAGGACGACGAAGAAGAGGGCGGAUCACCCGGUUCGGAUGACUGUCACAUCAUACAUAACGACAAAUCUACAGACUUUAUCCUGUCCACGGUCAUGGAAGAAACCGCGAUGGUGGCAACGUUGGCCACACCACCUAAUCUAACUACCGACCCAAAUGGAAACUUGGGUUCCAGACCACAGGAUAUCGAUCUUGUAACAAGGGUCUUAAACCCUAACCAAACAGUCAGCUCCAUUAGUGACAAGAUCAGUGAUAAGGUACCAGGAAAACGCAGAGAUUCAUCAGCCACGUCGUCACCAAUUGCGAUGACUACCUCGUCGUCGACAACAUUAACGGCAACGGUCACGGUGGCGGCAGCCGCCUCAACGGCCAUACCACAGCCAAUAGACCGGUCGAGUCGAACAACACAGUCACUAGUGAAACGUUCGCUGUCGUCGAUGCUCCGGAACGGUUCCGAGGAGGACAAUUCAAGAUGUUCAAAAAAAGAGUAUAAAACAGCCACAGAAGGAAGCAGCCGCUUCACAAUAUACAAGGUGAAUAAGGCCAGCCGAAAGAAACGGGAAAAAUCUUCGGCGAGGAAAGAGAGAAAAGCUACAAAAACAUUGGCAAUUGUUUUGGGUGUAUUUCUGUUCUGUUGGGUGCCGUUCUUCACGUGCAACAUACUGGACGCGAUCUGCCACAAAAUGGACAAGGAGUGUUCGCCCGGCGUCCGGAUGUUCAUACUGACCACAUGGCUGGGCUACAUGAACAGCUUCGUCAACCCCGUGAUCUACACGAUAUUCAACCCGGAGUUCCGAAAGGCGUUCAAAAAACUUAUGCGGAUAGGUACUUGACCCGUGGCCGACGGCACCGGCAAGAGCUUCGCCACGCACGCCUGCGGCAAGUGACGCGAACGAGCGCCGCAGCUGUCGCCUGUAGUUGUAUACGAAGUGUUCAUUCGCAGUCACUUCCUGUAAAAUAUUAUUAUUAUAUUAUCGUAUCAUUAAUAUUUGUAUUAUUAUUAUUAUUAUUAAAUUAUUAUUGUCAUAAUAUUAUUAUAACCAAUACUAUUAUUGGUAUAACUAUUAUCAUAGGGACGAGGAGUAAAAAUCGACAAUAAUAUAUAUUCGUGAAAAAAGAGAAGACAGCAAAGAUAAAUUAAAAAUAUUUCAAUAGCAAAUACAAAUAACUAUAUUCUAUUUUUGAAGCUAUGGGCAUUGACAAAAAACUGUGAAUAUUAUAUGUAUGUGCCUGUAUAACAUCUGUUACAGUGUCUUAAUAAUAAUAAGUUUAAAUAAAAUUACGAGCGCUAUUAACUUUAAUAUUAAAAUUAAAAACAGAUUUGUAUAAUACAUAUUUUAUGUAUAAGUAUGAAAGUUUUAAUAAAAUUACCGAAACAUUAACUAACAUUAACUUUUUAUAAUAUAUGACGGUAAAACGAAAUUUUCGUAAUUGUACGCAAGUCACUGACAGACACGAACUUUUGCCUUAUACUAGACCUCCAUAUUAAUACUUAAUUUAUCUCAAUAUUUUAAUAUCAUUAUAUUCACGGUGACAAUAAUAAUAAAAUAUAACGAACCAGCUAGCUCACGUGUCAUUAAACCGGUAAGGACGACGACGAUCAUCUUAUUUAUUUUAUUCUAGUAAUAAAUUAGUUAUUACAUCGUAGUUAACUACCGUAACGUUAGGUUUCGACUAUUAUCGCCUUUUACUUUUACUUAUCAUUUAUAAACUCUAUUUUUACAAUUAUUAAACAAAAAUAAUAUACAUUUCCAUCCGUGGUUAAAACGUGUAAACCUAUUAUUGUAUACAUUCAUGACUGAAUAUCCAUUAAAAUAAUACGUUUAAAUAGGUACUAAGAGAAAUUUAAAUGACUAACGCCAAGAUCGUCAAAAUGCUAUUUAGGUUCGUUAAUGCCAUAUUAAUAUAAUACAACUGUUAUCAUUAUGCCAUAAGUUUUCAAUUUUUAUAAUAAUUAGUCAAAUUACAAUAAAAUCUUAUCUCUUUUCUUUAUUUUUUUUUGUAGAUACAUAUUUUAUACAAGUAUUUGUUUUUCGUAAAGUGUUCAUUUUUUUAAAAUUUAGUAUUAGAUAAUAGUGUUUUGUUUAUAUUAUAUGAAUAAUUUGUUGUACCUAUAUAAAAAUGUAAUUCGUAAUAUUUUACUUGCAAAAUCAAGUAUUUAAUAUUUUAUUUUUUAAAGAAAAAUCAUAAAAUCAUAUAUGUAUAAUAUACAUACACAAACCUCAUUACAGCACUUCCUAAAAAAAAAAAAUGAACCUGAAAACCAUAUAAUUUUUCAAUUAUUUCUAUUUCAAAAUGUCAAAACACUAUUCUCAAGUCUAAACAUAUUAUAAAGGUUUAAUUAAAAUAAUAAUUAUCCAACCUGCUAAAAUGAAUUCUGAGAAAAUAACAAACACAUAACUUACCUUAAAAUAUAAUUAUUUUUAAUUUGUAUAAAGCUAGAAAAGUGAGAAUUGUUUGUAUAUUUAAAAUAAAUUAUAACGUUAUAACAACUACAACACAAAUAAUAAGAUAUUUAAAAAUACAAUGAAAGUUGACAAAUAAAAUCAGAUUAAAAAUUCUAUUCAUAUUUUUCACUCUCAGUUGUAAUUAUUCUAUUUUUGAUUUUCUUCAUAAAAAUGCUAAUAAUAAAUAAGUGCCAUACUUUUUGAGCAUCUUGGAAACAUUUAUAAUGACAUUUUUAUUUUUUUAAAUUAUUUUCUUGAUUUUAAUAAUUAAAACGUAGUUGAGGAAUACAAUUUAAAAAUAAAAACAACUAUCAUCCUAAAUACUUUGAAUUCAAUAAACAUGUAGCAAUAUCUAAUAAUACUUAAUUCAUAAGUAGGUCUAACAUAUUAAUGAACUGAAAAAUUUCCUUAAAAAUACACUUAUGACCUGAAAUCUCAAAACUCUCUAAAACAUGCAUUUAAAAUAUUAUUUGGUUUAAUUUUUAAUAUAAUUUAACUGUUGUUAUAUUUUAUAAAAACAAUUAAUUGAUUGAUUGUUUAAAAAAAAAAAAAGUUUGACUCAUAUUAUAUAUUAUGAUUCAAUUUUAAACAAAAAUUUGAAAAUUAAUUUUUUAUCACAUUCGUAAAAUUAGAUGAAAAAAUCAACAUUUAAAUUUAAAAAUCUCUUAAAAACAAUAAAAAUUCCAUAAUAACAAAAUAAUUUUUGAAAAAUAAUAUAUAAUUAAAACAUAUUUAUAGCUUGAAAAUCAUUGUGUCAGAAAUUAAAUAAAAAGGAAAAAUACAUUGAAAAUCAUAUCUUACUCAUACAUUCUAAGUCAUUUACAACAUUCAUAUAUUAUAAAGAUAAUAUGUUUGGUUUUAAUAAAUUAAUUUAAAUGCAUUAUCUACCAUAUGUUGUGUUUUAAGUUUAAGUAUUUCUAAGUUAUUAUUGAAAAUUCUGGUUGUUUUUUCAAUGUAGUUAGAUAUAAAAUAUUAAUAAACAUGCAUGCAAUUUUAAUAUUUUCAUAUCAAUUAGUCAUCAUAUUUUGUCAAAAAAUAAAAUGCUUAUGGGAUGCGUAUUUAUAUUGAUCAUAUCUUUUUACUAAAUUCUCUUUGAUUUUAAUUUAGUUUUUUUAGAAAAAAAUGUUAGUAAAAAUCACCAUAUUCGAACAACUAAACUUUGUUUUGUAACGUAAAUAUUAUACAUAAUUUAUUAUUAGUGCAUGUAUAUAUUUCCAUACGUGUUUAGACUAUCCAAUUAAUAUUUUAUCAGAAUUGUGUUAUAUGGUUUUAGAUAACUGGUAAUUUUUGCUCAAAGAAUAGAUAAUAAAGUUUAUCUUUGAUUACAAUUAUAUAUUUUGCCGAAGCAAAAUAUUGCUGGAUUUUAGUGAAAUAAUAACACCAUGUUAUAAUUUAAUGUUUUAAUAAUAUAAUAAUGACUGCAAUUAUCAAAAUUUAAAUCUCUUAACCCUAAAAUAUUACUAAAUAUUUCUAUUUAAGAAUAAAUAUUGAAAAAAAAUAAAAUAAAAAUAUUUAUAAAAUCGAAUUUUAUGUUUUUGUUUAUUUAGAUCAAAUAAAAAAAAUAAUACAAAUAUAUGUUAAUAUAAUAUGUAUUCCAUAAUAAUAAUAAUUUUAACAACAUUAUGCUUAAUAGAUACUGUUACUAUACUAUAAAUCUGUUUUAUUUAAUAUGGUUUGGUAUCGGUUGAUCCUAUAUAUUUGAUUUUAAUUUUAACAUGACACUAUCAAGAAAUAAUUAUAUUUUAAAUCGUGUAGUAUACAAUGGUUUUGCAUAUUUUCAUAAUUAUAAAAAACAUGUUACCAACCAAAAUAUCCUUAAAUGUGUUUAUUUUUUAUUAAAACUAUGUGUAUUAUGAACUUCAAGCGAUAAUAAGAAAAAUAUAUACUUGUAUUGUAUACUCAAAUUAUAAUAUUAAUUUCUUUAAAAUAAUUAAUUUUUUUUAAUGUGUAUGAAUAAUUCGAUAAUUAGAAAACUUUUUUUUUUUUUUUUUAAUACUCAUCAAUUAUAAUUAUAAAUUGUUCAAUAUUUAUUGAUUUACAGAUGAAAAUAUAUUUACAAUGUUAAAAGCCAUUUAAUUUGAUCAUUUGGUUUUGCUGUUGUAUCUUAUAUUUAAAUUAUUAUUGAUUAAAACAAAAAAUAUAGUAAAAAAAAAAAAAAAAAAUAUUUUAUUGAAAGUUUGAAGGAAUAAAUUAAGCCAAAUGUUCAUUAAUUAAUUAGAAAUAAUAUUCAUUAAUUAAGUUUUUAAUUUUUGUCAAUAAGUUUGUAUAACUAUGAAAGUCAUCGAUGAAUAUUUUUAAAACUCUGUUGUUAUUGUAAUUUAUUAUAUCUAUUAACUUCAUUGAUUUACUGUAUCGUGUAUAUAUUACCUAUAAAUAUGUAUUAUGUUGAAACAAUGAAAAAACUAUCAUUUUUUAUCAUAUUAUUAUCUAGUCCAUCGUCGAUUAAUUAUAUCAAGGAAUAUUGUAUAACGUUUAAAAUAAUAAGAACUGUUAUAAUACGCAAUAUUCCCAUUAUUGUAAUUAAUGUUUUUUUUUUUUUUUUUUAUGUAAUUAUAUUAUGAGUUUUUAAGGUAAAUUAUAUUAUUAUAUUGUAAUAAUUUGUUAUUAUUAUAUUUUUUUUUUAUUAUUAUUAUUGUUAAAGAUUAUAUCAAAAUACAUACAUAUUAAUUAUUCAUUUUAAUUUUCAAUCUAGUCUAUACAAAAUAAUUUAUAAAAUAUAUAUUAUUAUAUACAUUUAUAUUUAUUUAUUUAUUUAUAUUAUAACACGUGAGUUAGACCCGUUACCUUUAAAGUUAUGAUUGUGAUGUAAAUAUUUGAAAUGUAAAAUUACUAUAAACGAACAAAUAAUACUGUAUAAUAAAAAUAUUGACAAUUAUUGAAAAAUCGUAAUAGAUAUCUGCGGAUAAUCUUUUAUUUAAAAUGUAUAAUAGAGUUAAAUUUCUCCCACUCCAGCACAUAUAAUUUUUCACACCUUUAAAACUAUGAUUGCUGACUGCACAACGCCUCAGCUAGUUUCAGGUGUAGUUUUUAAGAUAAGAAUACCAUACUAUAUUACUAUAUAACAUAUAUCUAACGGAGCUUUAGAUAUUUUACAAGGUUAUGAAAACAUAUAUAAAACAGAAUUUGAUAUUUAACAGUGUGAGUAGGCUAUGAAAUUAUAUAUUUUGAAAUUCAAGCCAAGCUUGAGAAAUGGAGAAACGACAGUCAAAUGUAGGUACACGUACUUUAUCGGUGGUAUAUACAACUUAAUAUUAUUUAUUUUAAUUAAACAAAUAGUUUCUUGUAAAAUAUGUUAUAUGGAAAUUAUUACAUUUUGUACAACAUAUAAUAAUGUGAAUAUUACAAAAUUCUGUGGUUUUAUUUUAAUGUGUAAACAAAGUGAUUCACUAAGAAAGCUUUUUCCUUUUUUCUUCAAUAAUACAGUUAUC